AUGAGAUUUGGGAUUCCGUUGCUAGUUGUUACUCGCGACCACGGACUCACAUCACUAAAAACCAUCAAGAAUCAAGCGGCAGCCAUUGCAGGCUUCAUGUUUCAAUGGGGAUUCGGGAGCCUUGAGAAAUCACUAAUUAGAAGUAUGGGGGAGUGGAUUUGUGAAUUGGAGAUGGUGUUAGAGCAUGGAAAACCAAUGGUGAUGGUGUUUGGGAUUGAGAUUAGGCCGUUAGGGUUCUCUGGAAGGGGACCAAAUAUUUCUUCAAUUGGGAAUUUGGGAGUGGUGCGAUGGUGA